UCACAAAGUUCGCCUUUUUUCCGCCUUUUCACUCCGAGUUCAGAGGAAGCAGCUCGGGGGGACACGGCUCGGGCAGAAGAUGUUGGCGAACAAACCAGCUGUGGAUUUCUGCAACUCACAUCUGCUCAAAGUCAGAGACGCUCUGAGGAGGCUGCAGUGAAGCAGGAACAUGUAUCUAUGGCGCCUCUCCAUCGCCAUAACGCUCGGCUUGGUUUGGUAUUUGUCAGACUGCGGACGCACAGUCACACAGUACUUUUUGUGUUUCCUCUUCUGCCUUUCCACUCCACUGUUGUUUGGGAACACUGGGCGAGAGAGCAGCACUCAGACUGAUGAAGAGACGAAGGAAAACCCGCUCCAGGAAACAGCUGAGGAGCAGUCCUGUGUCGAUUCAGUCGAUGGAGAAGCUCCUGAACAGGCCGAACCUCAGGAAUCUCAGUAUCCACAUGUAAAGCGCUCUCUACAGCAAGUGUUUGAAUGCGCCUACGCUCAGCUGGUCCUGCCUUGGUACAGCGUCCCUGAGCCAUGUGAGCAGCAGCCUCUGCACCAGGUGCUCAGCAGGGAAUUUGACUUUGUAAUCGACCGCAUCAUUGAGAGAGCCAAAGACUUUGAUGUCUGCCAGGCAGUCGUCGGCUCCAUUCGGAUUCUGACCCAGCACUUGCAUAAUGCGAAGCAGUCUGACAGAGAGCUCUUGUUCAACUCCAGAGCAGAGGAGAUCGCAGUUCUCAGAGAGUUUUCUGACGCUCUGGUACGUAACCUUUUCCCCGACUCUCUCUGGGGCCAAGAAGUCAACCACUGUGCCUUAAAUGAGAUCAUUGCCUUAAAGGGGCUGGAACUGCUGGUUACAUGGCUGUCCAACCCGGACAACCUGAACCAGCUGGUGGUGAGCCAGCUCGACAGCGUGAGCCCCAAAAGCUCUGCAGAGGAACUGUGUGGAUCAGACCCAGAUCAAGCCUCUCUGGCUUCACAGGAGGGCGAAGGCGACGGGGAAGGCAGCGAAGUGAGCUUGCAGGGGGCGGGAAUUUCAACGGGGACCAGGAUCAAGUGCAAAAGAAAAGGCAACAAGCUCAAGGAAGGAUGGUCCAAAUUUGUGGACAAAAUGAAGUCGAAGAAAGCCAAGAAAAAGAAGAUGAAAAAGAUAGAGCAGGAGCUCAUGAUGAGGGUCAUGUCAAUGCAAGUGGACAUGUCCAAUGAGGAUGAUGUCAGCAGCAUUGAGGGCUCAGUUCAAAGCCAGGAGGACUCUGACAGGGAGGACAGCGAUCUGGAGAACUACCUGGCGAGCGUCCAGGAGGAUAUGAUGGAAUUCAAGCUCUCCUAUGAGAUGUGGCGGGUCGGCCGCUGGGCUGUCAGCAUCCCUCAUGCCGACUGGGAGGAUGAGGAGCUGAUCUUCACCGUUCACCUGGAGGAAAAGGACAGUCCUGAGAACCUGCAGUGGGACAUCAAGAAGACCUACAUGGAUGUUAUAUAUUUCCGUAACAGAUGGCAGGACUCGACCAGCCUGCCUAUGAUCGUAUUGCUGGAGGAAUUGGAGGUCAGCAAUGAGGUCAAAGAAGAAGCCAGAGUAUCAGUGGAGCAUUUCCUGCAGGAAUUGGUUUCUGAUAAUCUGAUGGGUCACACUCAGCCAGUUUUUCAGUUCCUGUGCCCGCUUGACAAACUGCUGAAUGAAGAGGAACAUCAUGGAGGCGUGUGGAGCCUCCUCAGUGGCUUGGCUUACUUCCUCACUCCCGGCCAAGAGGAAGAAGAGAGCUCCAGCCCUCGGACAGAAGCCCCCAAAGACAACAUUAUGGCAUCUCUGCAUCCAGAACCAGCUCAGUCUUUAGAGAACCACAGUGCCUCUUCUGAGAAGGACAGCGAUGUUCCCAGUGUUACUGUCCCAACUAUUGUUAUCUCCCCAUGUGAUUCCUCAUCAGAACUGCGAGAGGAAGCAGAAACAGACUCACAGCCAGCUAUUAGUUCCUCAACUGAAGACUGUUCCCAGGACAAAACAGAAGACUCUGAUAAUCCCAUCGCAUCUCACUUUAAAAUGAUCCUCAAAGGUAUAACUCGAUCCAGGUCACAAGAGUCUCUGACCUCAACAAAAGUGGGCACCGAUGACGACCCCCUUGAGUCAGACGGAGGCUCUCAGCGGGACACCGUGGACGGCAUAUCAUGGCGUCAUUUCAGUGCAAGGCCAAAUAAAAAGGAGAAAACAGGUUUCAAGAUGUCUGCAGUGAACAAGGCUAAACGAAAGGAGACGCAGGGCACGUUGCAGAGAGGGGAGGACUCCCAGUGUCAGAGGAGCCAAGUCAACUGGGAGCAGAUGGAGGCCACCAAAGCCAUAUUUGAUCUGCUGAAAGAAAUAUCUGGAAACUCCAUCCUCAUAAACAUAUUUGAUGCCAUUUUGAAACCUGUGAUGCCCAUCUUGAAAAAGAAAGUCAACUCUUUCCUCAACAAGAUGAACCCAACAGAAGUGCAGAUGGCUGCUUACAUUGACACUCUGCGUAGCAAACAGUGGCCAGAUGUUGCAGCUCCUCCUCGUCCUCCUCGCAGCGAAGAGGAGAAAGACGAGACCAGGGACCGAGCACAUAACCUCAUCAAUGCCAGAUACUCAAAUUCCCUCGUCCUGAAGAAGAAUGACAUGGAGACAGUUUUUAAUCUCUUCCAGAACAGUGAGGAAAACAAAAUGCUGGUCUAUAUGCUCCUGUCAUUCCUUUUGAGAGAGUUUUUACCCAACGAGCAUUCACUGAGUGUGAGUGCUGCUGCUCUACAGAAAAUGACCAACUCCACCAACUGAUCUGUGAAUCCCUGAUUGUGUUUUUAAUGGUUCUGUGCUGAUGUUUUUAGAAUAUCCAAUUAUUUAUUAACCAUCUUAAAAUGCCUUUAAACAUUUGUGACCACUUCCGUAUCGAUGCCAAACACCAUUUUCUGUUGUUUUUACAUCAAACAUAUCAAAUAUACUGUGAAUAUUUCCUUUGCUUUUUUAUUUUCAAUCUUUAAACUGCUUUUGUACAUUCACAUAUCGGUGUGAUGAAUUGUGACGUACUUGUGUGACAUCAGAAACAUUCUUUGCGGGAGCCAACUUUGAAUAUUGUACCUCAAGAGGAGAAAGUAAACUGUAUUUCGUAUUUACAGUUUAAAUCUCAACCUUCACAUUUUUAAUGCAAAAGAGCAAGAAUUUUUCACUUCUGUCACUUUGAGCACUUUUGUAUGGUGAGUGUUUGUAUACUGGUUAAUUAUGCCUAAUGUUUGAAAAAGGCAGAAUAUCUCACAAUUCCUGAUCACAUAAAUCUGUCAAAACAUGGGCAGUACAGCUGUCAGUGUAAACUUGAAAUAAUGUUAAUUUAAAUAACUUGAAUUUCUUCCAAAUAAAAUAUUUUAAUAAAGGAUUUUUUUCUGUGA